GCAGCGCCUUGCUGUCUCACUCUCCCAAAUCGCCGUUGAAGGUUAAGAGAAGAAGAAGAAGAAGACAUGCAGAGUCUCUCCAACAUCUCCUAUUCUCCGCUACCUUUCACACUCUACAAUGAACGAAGACGCUUUCCUUCUCUAAAAUCUCCGCCUGGGCCUUCAACUCAUGCUUCGUCUUGCCUUCUCCGCUCCACUGCGAACUCGAGCUUCCUUCCCCGCUUCGAUCCCCUCAGAGUUUCCAGUAACUGGAAGGAGAAGAUGAUGAGGAAGAAGCCAAGAGGGUUUGGUACUGUUUGUUAUUCUAUGCCUCUUACUCCCCGCAGUCUUCAAUGGAUCUCCACUGUGUCUACCGCGGUUUUGAUGCUUGCUAGAGGAACUGCUAUUCAAAAAUCCUUUCUUGUUCCUCUAUUUGUUCUACAAGCACCUCUGAGCAUUAUUUCAUGGAUCAAGGGAGAAUAUGGUAUUUGGUUUGCAUUCUUGGCGCUUCUUGUUCGGCUCUUCUUCUAUAUUCCUGGUGAACUAGAAUUGCCUUUCAUAGCACUGCUAUUGGUGAUUGUAGCUCCUUUUCAGGCUAUGAACUUAAGAGGAACACAAGCGGGCGUCAUUCUGUCUUUAGUAAUUGCAGGUUAUUUGGCAUUCCAGCAUUUCUCCCGAACUGGCAGCUUGAAAAAUGCGUUUGACCAAGGUUCAAUUGUUGCCACGUUAGCCAUCAUUUGUAUAUCUAUUGUCCCAUGCUUGCUCUUAAUCUGACUUUAAUCUGUAAAUUUAUUGUCCUCAAGAGGUGAAGUUGACUGUAGUAUCCAAACUUUUGUUCUCUAAUGUAAGAGUCCUUGGUGAAUGUAUGAUUUCUUUACUGGACAGAAGAAUAUAUAUAUGUAUUAUGUGUUUCUGCAUUUAUUCAAUAAAAGAUAGAUAUCUAUGUCCCACAAAGAAAAA